AUGGCAUCGGAAACGCAGGCUACAGUAAAUGAACCUAGAAAACCCACGUUCACUCCUGAAGAGGAGGAAGAAAUUCUUAGACAUCCGUUCUUCGCUAAAUCGGCAGAAGAUAUGGAAGGACAUCCUGCCUACGAGGCACUACGGGCACUGAAAUACGAAAGCGACGAUCCUAAUUCAAAUGCCGAGGCCUUCAAAGAGGAGGGCAAUUAUUAUGUGAAAAAAAAGGAAUAUGAAAAAGCGGUUUUGGCGUACUCUGGUGGUAUCAAUGCGAAACCUUCAGAUAAGAAGCUCCUUGCGAUUUUAUACACUAAUCGUGGAAUAGCCAAUGGCUUAUGGAAAAAUUACGGUUCCAGUGUGCAAGAUUGCAAAUCAGCUAUUAAGAUCGACUCUGCUCACGUAAAGGCCUAUGUGCAGGCUGUUAAAUCUCUCCUGAUCCUUUCUAAAGCAUCUGAGGCUCUUGAAAUGUGUGAAGCUGGUCUCCAAGUUGAUCCUGACAAUACCACUUUGGCAGAGCUGAAGCAAAAGGCUUCUGACUUAAAAGCCUCACUUGAAGCAGAAAUGGAGAAAAAGAAGAAUGAGAAAGCUGAGCAAAUUGGCAAAUUAUCUAAUGUGUUCAUGAUUCUCAAGAAAAGGAAUAUUGCUGUUGAUUUCAAGCAGCCACCGGUGGGAUUGCCGGAACACGCUGGGGUACAGAUCUCAUUUGACGCUAGGAAUCUCAUCCAUUGGCCUGUUCUUUUCAUCUAUCCCGAGUUUAGCCAAACGGACUUUAUACAGGAUGCAGGAGAGUUUCUUACGUAA